AUGAUAACAGCAGCAGCAGUGAUGGCAGCUGCGGUGAUGAUAAUGCUGGUUACGAUAAUGAUGUUGAUGGUAAUAACCGUAUUGCAGGCGCGGCUGGAAAUUAUUGAUUUGUUUGUCGACGUUGGGGAUGGAGUGAUUUUGAUGAAAUUGCUCGAAAUUAUAUCGAGUGAAAAACUCGGCAAACCAAAUCGGGGCCGAAUGCGGGUGCAGAAAAUUGAAAAUCUGAAUAAAACACUCGAUUUUUUGAAGAAGAAACGAAUUCAGCUCGAAAAUAUUGGCGCAGAGGAUAUCUUGGAUAGAAAUGAGCGGCUCAUCCUGGGUCUUAUAUGGACAAUUAUUCUUCGUUUCCAGAUUGACACCAUCUCAAUUCCUAUGGAUGAGGAAUCCGGUGAAAGGAAGCACGCGAAGGACGCACUUCUGCUGUGGUGCCAAAGGAAAACAGCUGGCUAUGCGAACGUAAAAAUUGAAAAUUUCACCACUUCGUGGCGUAACGGCUUGGCAUUUAACGCACUGAUCCAUGCCCACAGGCCGGAUUUAAUCAACUACGAGAGUUUGUCGGCGCAAGAUUCGAUUGGAAAUUUGAAUAAUGCAUUUGAUGUGGCCGAGAAGAAGCUGGAGAUCGCUCGCUUGCUUGACGCCGAGGAUGUGAAUGUUGCGCAUCCAGACGAGAAAUCUAUCAUAACAUAUGUCUCGCUCUACUACCACUAUUUUGCGAAACAGAAAUCGGAAAUGACUGGUGCCAGAAGAGUUGCAAAGAUUGUUGGCAGUUUGAUGUCCUCGGAUCAGCUCCAAGAAGACUACGAAAUGCUUUGUUCAGAGUUACUCCUUUGGAUACAGAAAACCAUUGCAAUGUUGAACGAUCGAAGAUUUCCGAACUCCUUAAAAGGAAUUCAGGACGAAUUACUCUCGUUCAAAAAUUACCGAACUGCAGAAAAACCACCGAAGUAUAAGGAGAAGGGAGAAUUGGAAGCUCUGUUCUUCACGAUCCAAACGAAGAGAAAAGCUAUGGGAAGGAAACCAUAUAUUCCCAAACAAGGAUUAUUUAUGCAUGACAUUGAGUCGGCCUGGGCUCAUCUUGACCAUUCUGAAAACGACAGACAACUGGCACUUAUGUCCGAACUGCGCAGGCAAGAAAGACUGGAGCAUAUGGCGCGGAAAUUUGGCAGGAAGACAGUAUUGCGGGAUGCAUGGUUGCGAGAGAUGAGUGCCGUCCUGCAUGAUUUUGAUUUUGGCAAAAACAUUACUCAGGUGGAAGCUUCGCUGAAGAAACUACAAGCUAUUGCAGCAGAUAUUCUGCCCAGGGAGGAUCGCUUCAAGUCGUUGUCCCUGAUGGCUGCCGAACUGUCGAGAGAAAAUUACCAUGACAGCGAUAAAAUUCGGCUACGAGAGCGUGAACUGCUGGACAAGUGGUCGCAGCUACUGGCUGUGGUUGAGGCACGACGACGGGCGCUUCUGUCCCUCAGCGACUUGAUGGGAUUGUUGCGUGACAUCGAUACAUUGUCUUGUGAGAUACGUGUGCUCGAGCCCCAGUUUCGAAGCCGCGACGUCGGCAAACAUUUGUUGGGCGUUGAGGAUUUGCUUGGUAAGCAGGAGAUCCUGGAGGCACAGCUUAAUUCUCAGGGCGAACUGCUCAAAAAUGUAUCGUCGCAGGCACUGAAUUACAUUCGAGGGAAAGGUGAACAGUAUGAUGUUUUGCAACGAAAGCUGGAUGAUGUUAGUGGCCUGUACGAAAGCGUGGUGCAACUUUGUCAGCAACGUCGGAUUGCUUUAUAUCGUGCUCGAGAUUUGUAUCGUUUUAUCCAGGAUGAUGAGGAAGAAAUGAGCUGGUUACAGGAAAAGGAAGAUUUAUGCAUUUCUCUUCUCAAAAAUAGAGAUCUUUCAGCUACCGCUCAGCUGAGACGCAUUUUCAAGAAUCUGGAGACGGAAAUGGAAGGGCAUUGGCAGCGCGCCAAGGGAGUCAUCGCUGCCGGCGAAAGACUGAUAGCAACGGGCCAGAACAAGGAUGACAUACAAAAACGAAUUCAUAAUUUACAUGCCAAAUGGGAGCAACUGAGAAAAGUAGCUGAAGCAGUCGGAAGAUGGUUACGUGAAGCCGAGCAAGCACAUCAGUACUUCCAAGAUGCCAACGAAACGGAAAGUUGGAUUCGCGAGAAAAUGCCACUUGCCAAAAGUGCCGAUUAUGGGCGUGAUGAACAAGCGUCCGAGAGCCUCUUAUCGAGGCACACGCGUUUGGAGGAAGAAAUUCAGGCGUAUCGUGCAGAUAUGGUAAAACUUGAAGAGAUGGCUGUCGAGUUGGCGAAGACUGAGUUUAUUGCCGGUGCUGUUGUGCACAUCGAGGAAGAUACGGAGGAGCUAAUUGUGCCUCAAGUGAAAAUGCUCUAUCCAUACGCAGGGAACAAUGUGGAUGUGAAGAAGGAUGAAGUGUUAGCACUGAUCGAAAAAUCCAACAGCGAUUGGUGGCGCAUCCUGAAACAGGAUGGGACCGAGGGUUAUGUGCCUGCAAAUUACUGCAGGGUGGUAGAGGGUGAAACGGUAACGGUUGCUCAGACAAUCACUACGCGUAAGACCGAGCGCGAGCCACAGAGUUCCAGAAAUGCUAUCAUGGAACGUCAGGAAGCCAUAAGUGCCGACUACCGUAAACUGAAUAAUUCCGCCCAGAUUCGCCGGCGUUUACUCACUGAUACGAUCAAGUUGUACAGAUUCUUGCGGGAAUGCGACCAGUUCGACGCCUGGGCCAAAGAAACGGAGAUUCUUUUGAUGGAUACCACUGCCUCUGACAAUGUGCUGGCUUUACGAAAGAAAUUCAACAAAUUGGAGAAUGAAAUGAAUGCAAGCGGUAAAAUGCAGCUGAAGCGCAUCAACGAUACGGCUGAGGAAUUGGUGGGUGAGUGCCAUAGCCAUAGCGAUGAAAUUCGACGGCGCCAGGAUGUUGCGAAUCUUCUCUGGAGCAAAAUACAAAAUUUGUGGAAAACGAAACAGCGACAGCUUGAAGCAGCAGAAAGAGUUGCUGCAUUUAUUGAGACUUGCGAGGAUGCGCGAUCGUGGAUGCAAGACAAAUUUGAUUUGCUGGAGCACAAAGUCGAUAUGAAUGAUCCGAAAGCCGUUCAAGCGCUCCAGAAACGCUAUCAGAACCUGGGGAAAGAUCUCAAGCCAUUGGAAGAGAAGAUCUGGUAUUUGCGUCAACUUGCCGAUGAGGUGAAGAAAGAACAUCCGGAAGAAGCUGCAAAAAUCGAGCGAAUGAUCAGUGAAUUAGUGGCAAUGCAUAAUGAACUUCAGCGCAAUUCAGCAGCCCGGAUCGAAGAAGCCGAACAAACUCAAGGCCAUCAGAUGUUCGACAGUGCCGUCAGGUAA